GAGCGGACGGAGCCAAGAUGGCGGCGCCGGGGCUGGGCCGGCCCUGAGGGGCCGUGAGGGGCCGGGAGGGGCCCCCGCGCUCGGCGGGCUGGGACGGGCCGCAGGGGGGGCCCCGCCGCUCCCCCCGCCGCUCCUCGCGACGCUGCCGCCGCCGGAGCCUCCCCGGGGGAGACGCGGGGCCUGCUCGCGGCCGUUUGCGGCCUUACCGGGGCCACCCCGGCGCUCGGCGGCGCCGUUUGCGGCCUUACCGGGGCCUUGCCCGGAGCUUUUUGGGCUCGAACCGGGCCCUUCCCGAGGCCUCCGGGGCUGAACCGGGGCUUUAAGGGCCUUUAACGGGAAGAGCCUCCCGGUGCCGCCGGUUUUGGUUCUUUCGCGCUGGAAUUUGGGGCCGAUUUCAGCCGAAAUCGCGGCAAAAUCGGAGUUUUUUGUGGUGUUUUUUUUUUUUUUUUUUUUUUUUAAAUUUUGGUUAUUUAACGGCGCUUUUCCCGGUUUUCCCGGGAUUUUCGGCUCCUCCCGAGGGUCGGAAAAUCCCGGGAUUUGAGGCGCAGGAGGAGCGGGAUGAAAUUCCAAGGAUUUCUUCACCCGAGCGAAUUUUUUUUCGUUUUUUUAUUGCGGUUUUUGCUUUGAGCGAGCAAAAUCCGCGAUCCAGGGAAUUCCUGCCUCGGGAAUGCUCUCCCUGCAACCGGGAAUGACUUAAGGGCAGCGCCGCGCUUGGCUUUUCCUCGAUAAAUUAUUAAUUAGGGAAUUAAAAAUAAUUUAAAAAGGUUUUUUUUUGGUUGAGGUGGGGGUGAAAAAUCCGGUGUUUUCCGGCAAGGACUGACAGCGAUCCCGGCCUCUGGAAUUGCGGCCGCCGCUGGAACUUUGGGAGCCUCCGCGGGGAUUUUUUUUUGGGGGGGGAGAUUUCCCGGAAAGAAAAAUCCAGGAGAAGGAAAAAAAAAAAAAACAAACAAAGAAAACAAAACAACAAAAAAAAAAGGGAUCGGAGAUUGCUGAGAACGCUCGGGAUCCAGGAGCGGGCACGGCCGAGGUGCCCAUGGCGGGCCGGAAGCGCGGCGGUGCCGGCGGCGGCGGCGCGGGCUCGGUGCCGUGGCCCGAGGAGCCGGGCGAGCGCGAGCAGGGGCUGUACUCGCUGCACCGCAUGUUCGACAUCGUGGGCGCGCAGCUGACGCACCGCGACGUGCGCGUGCUCUCCUUCCUCUUCGUGGACGUGCUGGACGAGGCCGAGCGCGGCCGCAUCCGCUCCGGCCGCGACUUCCUGCUGGCCCUGGAGCGCCAGGGCCGCUGCGACGAGAGCAACCUGCGGCAGCUGCUGCAGCUGCUGCGCAUCAUCACCCGCCACGACCUGCUGCCCUACGUCAGCCUCAAGAGACGGCGCCCCGUGUGCCCGGACCUGGUGGACAAGUACCUGGAGGAGACGUCCAUCCGCUACGUCACCCCCCGCGCGCCCGGGGGGGCCCCGCCCGGCCUCGGCCACCCCCACAAAUCAGUGCCUGCCCCCCACCCGUCCCUGUGCUGCCCCCCGGGGGGGCCCCAGCUGGGCCCGAAGCGCCCGGGCCGGGCCCGGAGCCUCCUCGGGAGCCAACGGAAACGCAGGAAGUCAGCGACCCCCGACCCCAAGGAGAAACAGACCUGCGACAUCCGCCUGCGUGUGCGCGCCGAGUACUGCCAGCACGACUCCGCCCUGCACGGCAACGUCUUCUCCAACAAGCAGGACCCUCUGGAGCGCCAGUUCGAGCGCUUCAACCAGGCCAACACCAUCCUGAAAUCCCGGGAUUUGGGCUCCAUCAUCUGCGACAUCAAAUUCUCGGAGCUCACCUACCUCGACGCCUUCUGGCGGGAUUACAUCAACGGCUCCCUCCUGGAGGCCCUCAAGGGCGUCUUCAUCACGGACUCGCUCAAACAGGCCGUGGGCCACGAGGCCAUCAAGCUGCUGGUCAACGUGGACGAGGAGGAUUACGAGCUGGGCCGCCAGAAACUCCUCAGGAACUUGAUGCUCCACACGGCUCCCUGAGGGAUCCAUCCCUGGGGUUUUUUUUGAGUUGUUUUUUUUUUUUUUUUCUUCCCCCGGGAUUUUCUGUUUUUUGUUCCCCCCGAUUCUUCCGCCCGUGCGGAGCCCGCUCACGGAUUUGGGGAGGGUUGGAGGUGUGGGGGAUUCCGGGAUUCGGAGCUUUUUGGGGUUCCUGAUGGGUUCUCCUUGUGUUUUCUCUCCCGUUUUUUUCUUUUGUAUCCAUUAAAAACGGUGAUGAAAAGGCAAAAAUCCCAUUGGUGCGACACGCUGGGAUUUGGGGAUUGGGGGUGUGGAAUAUUCCAGAAUUCCUCUCUUUUUUUUUCCUGUCAAACUCCUCCCUCUUCCUGCGUUUUCCAUGAUUUUUCCCUAUUUUCUGUUCUUUCAUAUCCAUUAAAACAGUGGCAAAAAGCAAAAAUCCCGUGGUGCAACACGCUGAGGAUUGGGGAUUUGAGGUGUGGGAGGCAUUGGAAUAAUGGAAUAUUCCAGAAUUCCCCAUUUUUCCCUGUCAAUUCCUCCUUUUCCCUGUGUUUUCUGUGAUUUUUCCCUGUUUUCUGUUCUUUUUUUUAUCCAUUAAAAAGACCAGCAAAAAGGCAAAAAUCCCAUUGGUGCACUCAGAACUGGGGAUUUGAGGUGUGGGAAGCAUUGGAAAGAUGGAACAUUCCAGAAUUCCUCACUUUCCUCAUCAGUUCUUCUUUGUGUUUUCUGUGAUUUUUUUUUCCUCUUUUGUAUCCAUUAAAAAUGGUCCAAAAAAGGGUAAAAAUCCCAUUUUAAGAACCUGAGGGACACGCUGGGAUUUGGGGAUUGGGGGUGUGGAAUAUUCCAGAAUUCCUCAAUUUCCUUAUCAAAUUCCUCCUUGUGUUUUCCAUGUUUUUUCCCCUUUUUUCCCUCUUUUAUAUCCAUUAAAAGCAACGACAAAA